AUGGCCGCAAAUCAAGGCCCUUCAGACCAAAAGCUCGAGUUCUCCGAGCCAUUGGCCAUGACGAGGACAAGGACCACCCCCGCUGUCGCCAACAACGAGAAGGGGAAGAAGCCUACAAAUGAGAAGACCCUCGACAUUACGGAGCACUUGUUCCCCGUGGAAGAGAUCGCGGCCAGACACAAUGUCAGUAUCGACCUCCAAAAAUCAGGCAACAGCCAGGGUCUUACCACCGCUGCCGCCACUGAGCGCCUCGCUGAGAACGGCCCCAACAUCCUCUCGCCUCCCAAGCAGAUCUCGCCUUUCAUGAAGUUCUUCCACUGUUUGACUUCACUCUUCAACUUGCUGUUGAUUCUUGCCGGUGUCCUCAAUUAUAUCCUCUUGGCUGUCGAUCCCAAGGAAAACAAGGUCAAUACCUACCUCGGUGCUAUUCUUAUCAUUGUCGCUUUCCUCAAUGCUGCCAUCGAGUUCUACCAGGCCCAAAAGUCUGCCGCUGUCCUCCAAUCCUUCCUCGACCUUAUGCCCCAACAGUGCUAUGUUGUUCGCGAUGGCAAGUCCAUCCAGAUCCCCGCUAAGGAACUUGUUUUGGGCGAUGUUGUCUUCUCCCGCAUGGGUGAUAAGAUCCCUGCUGAUGUCAUGAUCUAUGCCUGCACCGACAUGAAGGUCGACAACUCGUCCCUUACCGGAGAGACCGACCCCCAGGACCGCGCUGUCGUCAACGAACACAAGAACCCUCUUGAAGCCCGCAACCUCGCCUUCAAUGGAUCCCUUGUCGUCAAUGGAGAGGGCUACGGUAUCGUCAUCAGAACUGGAGACAACACCGUCUUGGGUCAAAUCGCAGGAUUGACCUCAGGAGAGGACGCUGGAAAGUCGCCCCUGUCGCGUGAGAUCGACGACUUUGUCAAGAUUAUCGCCACCAUCGCCAUCUCCACCGCCAUUGUCUUCUUCCUCAUCGGUUACUUUGCUGUCUACAGCGGUCAGGGAAGCGCUGCUAUUUCCAACACCCUCAACUUUGCUAUCGGUGUCUUCGUCGCCUGGGUUCCCGAGGGUCUCCCCGCCACUGUCACCAUGUUACUCACCAUCGCCGCCAAGCGCAUGGCGUCUCAGAAUGUCUUGGUCAAGGAUCUCACUGGAGUCGAAACCCUUGGUGCUAUCACCCUCUUGGCCACAGACAAGACUGGAACAUUGACCCGCAACCAGAUGACUGUUACCAACAUUUGGUCGUCCCUGAAUCUGUACUCUGCCUUCCGUAGCGCAGCCAACGCUGGUGCUCCCUUCGAUGCCAGCUCGCCCGGUAUUCCCGAGGUUCUUACUAUCUCCUCGCUCUGUUCCCGCGCCAAGUUUGAUCGUACCGAUGUCCCCAUUGCUGAGCGUCAGGUUCUGGGAGAUGCCACCGAGUCUGGGUUGACCCGCUUCGCCGCCGCCAACAUUGGAAACUUUGACCAAUUGAACGACCUGUACCCCAAGGUCUUUGAGGUUCCCUUCAACUCUGAGAACAAGUGGGCCAUGACCAUUCAUGACAAGGAGCACGCCACUGGAAAGUACACCCUCUUGAUCAAGGGUGCCCCCGAACGUAUCUUGCGCAUCUGCAGCACUAUCCUGUUGAACGGCGAGUCUGUCCCCCUGACUGCUGAGCACUCCAAAGCCUACGACGAGAUGUAUGCCCUCAUGGCCUCCAAGGGUCACCGUGUCCUCGCUUUUGCCCAGAUGCUGCUACCCCGCGACCAGUACCCCGACGAUAUUGUCUUUGACAAGGAAAAGAAGAACUACCCCACCGCCGACCUCUGCUUCGUCGGUCUUGUCUCGCUCGAGGACCCCCCCAAGCACGGAGUCCGUGAAGCCAUUGGCCGCUGCCGUUCUGCUGGUAUCCGUGUUAUGAUGGUCACUGGUGACCACCCCUUGACUGCCGAGGCCAUUGGUCGCAAGAUCAACCUGAUCCUUUCCGAUACCAAGGAGAUGGUUGCCAAGCACCGCGGUUGCUCUAUUGACGAGGUCGGCGACGACGAGUACAACGCCGUUGUUAUCCACGGUGAACAGAUCGACUCGAUGACCGACUACGAUUGGGAUCUUAUCUUCUCCAAGCCCGAGAUCAUCUUUGCCCGUACCUCGCCCAAGCACAAGCUCCAGAUCGUCAAGCGCGCCCAGGCCAUGGGCCACAUUGUUGGUGUCACUGGUGACGGUGUUAACGAUUCCCCUGCUCUGAAGAAGGCCGAUCUCGGUAUUGCUAUGAAUAUUUCUGGAUCGGAUGUCUCCAAGGAGGCCGCCUCGAUGAUCUUGCUCGACGACAACUUUGCUUCGACUGUCCGCGGUAUCGAGGAGGGUCGCCUGAUCUUCACCAACCUCAAGAAGUCGAUCCAGUACACCAUUACUCACUCGAUGCCCGAGGUUAUCCCCAACUUGCUUUAUGUCAUUGCCUCGAUCCCUCUGCCCAUCUCUGCCAUGUUGAUUCUGGUUAUCGAUCUUGGGUUCGAGUUGAUUAUUUCCUUGACCUUCGCCUGGGACAAGCCCGAGUCCAACACCGGUUUGAUGCGCCUUCCUCCCCGCAAGCCCGUCACCACUGCCUCUGUCGAACGUCGCCGUCGUCUUGCCACCCGUGACUUGCCCUCCGUCUAUGAUGCCGAGUCUGGUGAGGAGGUCAAACCCUCUGUCUGGGCUUAUUUCCAGCACAACUUCAAGGCCUUGUUCACCGCUGUCUACUGGCGCGAGCGUUUCGAGUCGACCGAGGACGAGGUCUUGGUCGAUGCCGGUCUGUUGUCCUGGGCCUACCUUGAGGUGGGUAUCAUUGAGACCAUCGGUGCUUUGGUGUCCUUCUUUGUCGUCUUCUACCAGGAGCGCGGCAUCACUCCUGCUCAGGCCGUGCAAAUGCAAAAGGAUAACAAGUUCUCGUCCACCGGAACUGAGGAGGACAAGGAUAUCCUUGCCCAGGCCCAGUCGACCUUCUACCUCGGAAUUAUGAUCAUGCAGCUCUUCAACAUGUUCGCCUGCAAGACCCGCUACAGACUUCCCUUUGGAAAGUACAUGUUCUCGAACUUCCGGUCGUUCAUCGGUAUUGUCGUCGGUUGCGCCCUCGGUUUCUUCAUCGUCUACACUCCCGGUGUCCACGUCGUGUUCGGCACCAGCCCCAACACCAAGUUUAUCUACCUCUUGAUCCCUAUGGCCUUUGGUGUCUUUAUCAUCUUCUACGCCACCGCCCGCCAGUUGAUCCUCCGUCGUCUCCGCCCCACCAACUUGAACGACGAGAUCGUUGGCCUCAACAUGGUCCCCACCAUGAAGACUAUGUUCAGCCGGACGUUCAGCAGGACCAAGUCUAUCCAGCCCACCAACUAA